UCGCCAUGUGGGUGGACGCUGUCAUCUUUGUCUUCAGCCUGGAGGACGAGAUCAGCUUUCAGACUGUCUACCACUACUACAGCCGGAUGGCCAAUUACCGGAACACCGGCGAGGUCCCGCUGGUGCUGGUGGGCACCCAGGAUGCCAUCAGCCCCACUAACCCGCGGGUCAUCGACGACGCCAGGGCCAGGAAGCUGUCCAACGACCUGAAGCGCUGCACCUACUACGAGACAUGUGCCACCUACGGCCUCAACGUGGAGCGGGUCUUCCAGGACGUUGCCCAGAAGGUCGUUGCCACGAGGAAGAAGCAGCAACUGUCCAUUGGGCCCUGCAAGUCGCUGCCCAACUCCCCGAGCCACUCGUCGGUCUGCUCCGCGCAGGUGUCUGCUGUGCACAUGAGCCAGACGAGUAAUGGAGGGGGCAGUUUGAGUGACUACUCCUCCUCCGUCCCGUCGACUCCGAGCACCAGCCAGAAGGAACUCCGCAUUGAUGUCCCUCCCACCGCCAACACGCCGACGCCCGUCCGGAAGCAGUCCAAGCGCCGCUCUAACCUUUUCACCUCUCGGAAAGGGAGCGACCCAGACAAAGAGAAGAAAGGCCUGGAGGGUCGUGCGGACAGCAUCGGGAGUGGUCGCGCCAUCCCAAUUAAACAGGGCAUGCUGUUGAAACGAAGUGGCAAAUCUCUGAACAAAGAGUGGAAGAAGAAGUACGUCACCUUGUGUGACAACGGCGUGCUGACCUAUCACCCGAGUCUACACGAUUACAUGCAGAACGUUCACGGCAAAGAGGUCGAUCUCCUGAGGACCACGGUGAAGGUCCCCGGGAAGAGGCCGCCCCGAGCCACGUCGGCCUGCGCACCCAUCUCCAGCCCCAAGACCAACGGCCUGCCCAAGGACAUGAGCAGCUUACACAUCUCACCAAAUUCAGGGAAUGUCACUAGUGCAUCUGGGUCUCAGAUGGCAAGCGGCGUCAGCCUGGUCUCCUUCAACAGCCGGCCCGACGGCAUGCACCAGCGCUCCUACUCAGUCUCCAGUGCGGACCAGUGGAGUGAGGCUACGGUCAUUGCAAACUCGGCCAUCAGCAGCGAUACAGGGCUGGGCGACUCCGUGUGCUCCAGCCCCAGCAUUUCCAGCACCACCAGCCCCAAGCUUGACCCGCCCCCCUCCCCUCACGCCAACAGAAAGAAGCACCGGAGGAAGAAAAGUACCAGCAACUUCAAAGCCGACGGCCUCUCGGGCACCGCUGAAGCCAAGCGCAGAGCAUGGAAACUAAACCGUGUUGGUAGCCUGCGAAAUAUAUACAGCAGCAGCAGCACCAACACCGAAGAGCAAGAAGAAAACUUUGAGUUUAUCAUCGUGUCCCUCACUGGCCAGACAUGGCACUUUGAAGCCACCACCUAUGAAGAGCGAGAUGCCUGGGUCCAAGCCAUCGAGAGCCAGAUCCUGGCCAGCUUACAAUCUUGUGAGAGCAGCAAGAACAAGUCCCGGCUGACCAGCCAGAGCGAGGCCAUGGCCCUGCAGUCGAUCCGGAACAUUCGCGGGAACUCCCACUGCGUGGACUGCGAGACCCAGAACCCCAACUGGGCCAGCCUGAACUUGGGAGCCCUCAUGUGCAUCGAGUGCUCAGGGAUCCACCGGAACCUCGGCACCCACCUCUCCCGAGUCCGGUCCCUGGACCUGGACGACUGGCCCGUGGAGCUCAUCAGGGUGAUGUCGGCCAUCGGGAACGAGCUGGCUAACAGCGUCUGGGAGGAGAGCAGCCAGGGCCGGACGAAGCCCUCGUUAGACUCCACAAGGGAAGAGAAGGAGCGGUGGAUCCGGGCCAAGUACGAGCAGAAGCUCUUCCUGGCCCCGCUGCCGUGCACAGAGCUGUCCCUGGGCCAGCACCUGCUGCGUGCCACUGCCGAUGAGGACCUGCGGACAGUCAUCCUGCUGCUGGCGCAUGGCUCCCGGGACGAGGUGAACGAGACCUGCGGGGAGGGAGACGGGCGCACGGCGCUGCACCUGGCCUGCCGCAAGGGCAACGUGGUCCUCACACAGCUCCUCAUCUGGUACGGCGUGGACGUCAUGGCCCGCGACGCCCACGGGAACACGGCGCUGGCCUACGCGAGGCAGGCGUCCAGCCAGGAGUGCACCGACGUCCUGCUGCAGUACGGCUGCCCGGACGAGCGGCCCGUGCUCGUGGCCACCCCCAACCUGUCCCGGAGGAACAACGCCCGGAACAACAGCGGCGGCAGGGUGCCCACCAUCAUCUGAGGGCCGGCCGUGCCCACCACCCCGCUGCACCGGAUGCCCUCCGCCCGCCACGCGCUCUCGGAAGUCACGGCACGUGAGUCUCGUCGCAUCCCUCGCUCCUCCUGGUGGUCACCUGCCACCCACCCACCCACUUUCACCCCAAACGAAAUCACAAAACCUGAACGUCCUCAGAGGGAGCGAAGAGGAGUCCAGGAGGCUGCAGAGUCGACUCCUUUUCAUAAAGUCCCCUGAACAACGAACAGGAGAGACCCACGGUUCUUGGUUCUUUGAUGAGAGCACACAGCGCACCCCGGCCCCUGUCCUGGUGGCCUGCAGGGGGGGCGUGGCGGGGGACGGGGUGGGGGAGGGGAGGCGAGGCCCAGGAGAGGGGCGCUCCCCUAACUGGCAGUUAAGCACAUCAGCACAUUUCACCUCUACCAAACGGAUCGCCUGGAUUCUGUCUCUUCUCCGAGGAGCUUGACGGCAUAAAUCAGAAGCAAGCACAGAGUUUGUCAGGUCUGAAGCCCCUAUGAUGGUGUGUGUCAAAUCAGUUGUAGCUAAUCUGUCCAGGGAGAAUACUGGCUUCAUUACACUUGUAUAGUUGAGUUCUUCCAGCAUUACCGCUGUUUAAUAGAACAUGAUUAGUCAUCACCGAGAAGAAAGCAUAUUAGCCGAGGAGGUAGCUACGCGGCACGCUCCGGUGAUUGCCACGAUGUGAUUGCAAUACUCGUGGACGCAUCAUAUUAUCCCAGACAUGUUCUUUCGAGCCCUUGGAGCCCUCCUUUCUAAAUCCACUGUCAUAAUUUAGUAUCUGUUUAAUUUUUCAGUCCAAAGAGAGGAAAUCGGUUGCUGAGUAUUAUUUGACUGUAGUCUCCUUGGUGCAAAAACAAGAUGGAAAAAAUACAUAAGAAUAACUCCGAAAUUCAAAAGGAAAUCACAGAUUCGGCUCGUGAUAGCAUUUCGAGUACACUUCAUAAACUAGGCAAAUACAUAAAAGGCUAUUUUUCCAAACAGGAGAAACAUUUGAUGUCCCUUGGCCGGGUGGGUGUAUUGGGUCCUGGCCACUCCCGGGCCACGUGGCCCAAGUUACACAGGCUUCUGUGUUCCGUCUUUAGAUACGAUGUGUGAAAUCUAUUUGAAUAAAAGAAGUUCAUAAAUAUGCAUCGAUUUUUGUACAGACAAAUGGCACCUCUGUUAAUUUAUAAAUUGAACUGGGUGUGAGCUAAUAACGCGCAGCUAGUUGAGAUAAGGGGGUUACAGAUCAUUGUACAUGGAACAUAUUCCCAGCAGUAAACACUUCCAUUAAUGUGACAUACAGCUUUUAAAAAGGAACGGAUCAGAACAAGAUGGUGGUACAAUUUGCUUAUUAAAAUCGAGAAAGGAAAAAAAAAAAAAAAAAAA